GGCUAGAGAGCGCGUGUGUUUGGGUCCUGGCGGAUCCGUCUGAGAUUCGCGCUGAAAGCCGCACCGACUGUAUGGGUUGGUCUCGGGAUUUGUUCCGUGCCUUAUGGAGAGCGCUGUCAAAGGAAGCGAAGGAGCAAGUCGGCACAGACCGGUUCGGGAACAAAUACUACUAUGUUCCGGAAUACAGGAACUGGAGAGGACAGACUAUUCGAGAGAAAAGAAUUAUGGAAACAGCAAGUAAAAGAGAAGUCGACUAUGAAGUAGGGGAUAUCCCAACAGAAUGGGAAGCUUGGAUUAGAGGAAAAAGAAAGACUCCACCUACGAUGGAGGAAAUCCUAAAGAAUGAAAAAAAUAGAGAAGUCAUUAAAAGGAAAAGCCAAGACCUUUAUGAAGAGGAAAAACUCCUUAGCAAAGAGAACGAAGAAAUUUUGGCUCCACCAGUUCAGACUCAGAUCAAAGGCCACGCCUCUGCUCCAUACUUUGGAAAGGACGAACCCUCAGUGGCUCCCACCAGCACUGGUAAAACCUUUCAACCAGGAUCCUGGAUGCCACAAGGCGACAAGAACCCCAAUCAAUGAAUGCACUGUGGUAAUACUUCAUUUGUAUGUAACUUUUUUAACAAUAAAAUAAAUAAAGAUUACUUUGUUAUUUUCUGACUGUA